GAGCUUCAGCUUCGCGUACCUCCACCACCUGGCUCGGCUCCCGUUUAUUGGACCGCGAGUAACCACCCCAUGUCCUUUCCGCCGCUUAGACUACAUGGCCAUGAUGAACCACAAUCACAUAACGAGGGCGUCAAUACUGCGUUAUUGCAUCGUUAUGAACCGGCGCCGCCAAUAGAAGUAGAUGCCCUGGAGGAUGAUGAUGAAGUUGACGCUAUGGUCCAGGAGAGCGAAGAUGUUGACACCAACAAUGACGUGGAACGCGAAGGCAACGACACGGCGCUCGAGGGCGAAACGGGCCUCGUCGAAAGUGCCGAUGAGAUUACGACUGAUCGCCCAAUAUACAGGCGCAGGCGAGACCCCAAGAAUUGCACAGAGUGUCGGCGACGUAAAGUCAAAUGUGACAGGGGCACGCCCUGUGGACCCUGUAUCAGACGUGGAGACGAAGCCGCAAAGACCUGUCAUAUCGACAAAAAAUAUGGAUCUACAAUUCGGAAUGAGGACAUCAUGGACAAGUUGUUGAGCAUGGAGCAAGUCCUGCAUU